AUGAAGAUCUCACAGAAAGCCUUUCUCCUGGUGCUCCUGUUCGGUACAGAUUUUGUCCAAACAAAGAUAAUGAAACCGAAAGCAAACAUAUUGAGUAAAUCUGUCAAGAAGGUGUUUCAAAUCGAUGAGUCCAACCAAAGAGUGGCCUUACUUCGCAGACAAUGUCGAUCACCACUGCUCAAACUGAUCGCAGACCUGACCACAAACCGAGAGCGAGCCAACAACAGAAUACUGGUGGACCCCAGGCACAAGCUCAGCUAUUGCAACGUUCCCAAGAUUGGCUCUUCCUUCUGGUACAGCGCUUUUGCCGUACUGCAAGACAAAGAGAGCGUCACGCGCUCUCCUUACGACCUUUGGAACAAAUACGGGGAAAAUAUACACCAGAAGGUCAAGGUGACAAAUUUCAAAAAAAUUCCUAUUAAAUUUAGAGAUGAUUGGCUGCAGGACAGUCUUUUGUUUCUGUUCGUGCGUAAUCCAUACGCUCGCUUGUUUUCGGCUUACGUAAGCAAAUUCGUCAUCCCGAAUAGAUUUUAUUGGCCUGGCUCUGGAAGAGUAGCUAUUCGUUACAUUCGGCCCAAUCCUUCUAAGUUUGCUAUGAAAUGCGGCCAUGACGUCACCUUCCAAGAAUUUCUAAAAUUUUUUCUAGCCACGGAAUCUCCAGAUAAGAAACUUUCAUCCGAUCAUCACUGGACUCCAAUCUACAAACUGUGCAACCCUUGUUCCUAUGGCUACAAGUUUAUUGGCAAGACGGAAACGUUUCUAAAUGACACUGUGGAGAUAAUUAAAAGAGCAAAGCUUGGAGAUAAAAUGGACUUUCAGCGAAGCGGUGAAUCUGCUGUAAAAGCUGACAUCGUCAAAACCGUUGAACAUUUUUUAAACCACUCUAUUCGACUGCAUGGCUGUGUGGAUGUUGGCAGGAAUUUGUGGAGAUUGUGGUAUGCGUUUAAAGCCAAGGGUUACAUAAAACCAGACUCGGAAAUUCCACAAAGUGUAGCAGAGAUGUAUGUUUUGAUUAUCGACAACUUAUAUCAUGGUACACAGUUUUAG